CGUUCUCGACGUCAUACGGGGAGAUCCGGGUCGUGCAUGGACCGGGCCCGGUCGGUGAACCGUCAUCUGUUUGACCCACAGUACUUGCGGAUCUCUUUCCUCGAAUGGAUUUUGAUCUGAAUUUGUUGUUUACAACGCAUGAUUUUCAGAAUUCAAAAAUUCGCCGCAAUUGAGUUACUUUGCGGUAGACGCUCGGGUGCCUCGGCGACAAAAGAAAUAAGUUUUCCCAUACCCACCGCCACCUCUUCGCCGAUGCUUUCUCUUUUCUAUGUCGUUUCACCAAAGUAUGUGUCGAGUACCGUCCGGGUCCGAAACUAGGUCCACGCCGAGUGCACCAUAAAUAAUCUCAAUGAAAACGGCCCGAGUUUCGAAAUUCAGUUCAUUAUUAUUAAAAGUCGAAGCAACACACCAGGAUGUGAAAUUACCUUUCUGGCUGUGGUGAGUGUUUUUUUAACGCAGCAUGCAGGAGAUCCGGUUGUGAUGAUUGCAAGAUAUGACCGUUAUUACUGAGAAAUAUGUAGAUGAAAUAUGUCGCGAGGGAUGUGCGGGCGCGGUGGCGGGAGAGGAUUCAAGUUACGAUUCAGACUACGAGGCCGAUCUUCCGUCGAGACACAACGAUGUUUCGCGAACGACUAGCGAUACUCUUGCCGCCGAGUACGCGGAGUACGUUCAGACUCUUCCCGACAUCUCGCCUGGAUAUACUGCUAGAGUGGAGUUUGCGCUCAAAUUGGGAUACACGGAGAAAUUAGUACAGGCAGCGUUGCAAAAGUUAGGUCGCUCACCUGCACAAAAUGAACUUUUAGAAGAAUUAAUUAAGUUAGACGCACAACGUGGAACGUCAUCUUGUGAUAGCAGCCCGGUAGAAAAUCAACUAGACGGUAUCGAGUAUCAAACCGACUGUCUCGUUAGUCACGUACUCAGACCCAUAGUGAUAGACGGCAGUAAUUUGGCCAUGAGCCAUGGAAACAAGGAAAUCUUCUCCUGUCGCGGUAUUAAAAUAUGCGUGGAUUGGUUUAAAACGAGAGGACAUAAGGAUAUAACGGUCUUCGUACCGAAAUGGAGAAAGGAAGCUCCCAGACCCGACAAUCCCAUUCGUGACCAAGAGAUCUUGGCCGAACUAGAAAAAGAUAGGGUGCUUGUCUUUACACCGUCCCGAUUAGUCGGCGGAAAACGCAUGGUGUGUUACGACGACAGGUACAUACUCAAACUCGCUUCGGACGUCGACGGCAUUGUCGUUAGUAAUGAUAAUUAUCGCGACUUGGCCCAAGAAAACAAUGAAUAUCGCAAAGUGGUGGAGGAACGCAUUUUGAUGUACUCAUUUGUGAACGAUCGCUUCAUGCCGCCCGAUGAUCCUUUGGGACGAUCAGGCCCCACGCUUGACAAUUUCCUAAGGUGCCAACCGAGAAAGGGCGAUCCGCCCCCUCCAUGUCCGUACGCAAAGAAGUGCACUUACGGUAAUAAGUGCAAAUAUCACCAUCCGGAACGAGGACCUCUCCCUCACAAGAGUGUAACAGAAAGACUAUCCGAAUAUGCACAACGCCAUCUACAGGCGCGCGAGGGCGAAAUUCGCAAGACGCCGCUCGGCAGAACGCGCUCCAACGUCCCGCCACCCAAAGAAGUUCAGCACACGGUCGUCGCGAAAAGCCGUAGCGUGGAUAACGUCGGCGCCACUUACCCUCCCAUCCCACCUCCCGCCGAAAACCUACACAAGAAGCUCCAACGCCAGCUCACCCUAAACCCGUCGAACGACCCGCGCCUCGUCCGCAUGCGAUUCGUAUCACCGAUUCAGCCACAAAUCCAACAGUCUUUCCUUACACCCAACCAUCCCAAUUGGGAGCUGCACCAGCACGUGCAACGCAUAGCUUCCGCCCCCGACUCAUAUCGGCCGUGGCCUCCCAAUACUCACGUACAGCAUCGACAGAUGCAACGUAUCUCGAGCUGCUCCGAUCCACAGCUAAACGUUUACCCGGCUCACUGGCCGCAGAGCGCCUCCGUCCAAGAGGACGCCAGACGCAAACUGCACUACCACUUGUCGGCGAUUUUUCCCGAGGAGCAGGUAACGCAAGCCAUGCAGCUAUAUCCGGACGAAACGAAUCCCCAAAAAAUAUGUGCCGCUAUUUUAGCUAUGUUUCCAGCUAAGUAGGUUGCUUUUAAUUUAAGUGUUAUAUAAUCUCUGUUGUUUUUUAUUGUUACUAAUUGUUGCUUAUGUGUAUCGCUUUUUCAUAUGUAUAGUUUAGUGGAGUGUUUGUGUCUACGAUUUCGAUGGGAAUCUUCCAUUUACUUAAAUAGAUUUUAAGUAUCUCCAUCAGAGGAUUUUCCAAGCGAAUGAAUAGGUAAUUUAGCGACUAAAACUUCAUAUUGAAGAAGGAACUGCUACUUACUAUUAAGGAUUUGGUGGUUUUUAUAUGAUGAACGUCCCUUUUGUCAUUAUAAGUUGAUACUGUGUAUCGCUAGUAAAAAUUGUUGUAAUUUUGUCAUUUUAAUCUGUAAACGACAUCGUUAAUUUCAUUAUGACCAUUACGUUUUAGUCACAAAUCGUAGUGUGCCAAAUUUUUAUGUCCGUAUCUCAUUAAUCACCCCAUAUGAGACUGCUUGUAAAAUGUGUUGUCUUAUAUUUGUACACUUUAUUCAGUGUUUUAGUAAAAUUGCAUAUUGCAUUUGUAGAAAGGAAUUAUUUAACAAAGUUUUAAGGAAGAGAAUCUCCUACUCAUAUAAUAUUUAAGAACGACUAUAAUAAUGAACAUAGUAAAAAUGCUAAAAACUGUUUUAUUUUCUUUUCCUUCAUUUAUUCGUUGUACUUACAUCAAUUGAGAAUGGUGUCAAUGCGGGCUGCUGCCUGCCACAUGUGCAUUAAAAUCUGUAAAAGUGUAAUUAAAAGGUUUUAUUAAGAAA